GGUGGGGAAACAUCAACUGGGAGGUGUGAUCAUUGUCAGCAGGAAAUGGAGACAGAACGUGUUCCACUAUUUCAGUGCCAGAAAUAUGAAAGGGAGAGAUUGUUAUUAGAUUUGAGGAGUAAUGGGGUUGAAGAGCCCAGAUUAAGUGAACCGCUGGGGAAAUCUUCAAAUGGAUGUAAGAUUUAAUGAUGUAUUUCGUUUCCGUGGGGUGACGAGAAUAUUGUGUAUAAUUUUUUUUUUAGACCUCCCCGGUCUCUGGUCCACCCUCCAAUACAGCUGGUGUCGGUAAUGCACCUUAGUUGGUUGCCAACCGCCAUAAAACAUCCAUAGAGGAAGUUUUCGUAUUCUGCCCUGGAUCACGUGACCAGAAUGCUCCGGACUAAAAUAACAUUGCCAUGAGCAGUGAGCUGAACGUGCCCAUGGGCUCCCCGGCCCCGGGGGGCUCAGAGCAGAUGCCAGAGGGUGGAGGGAUGGACUACAGGGACUGGGUGCGCCGCAGCUACCUGGAGCUGGUCACCUCCAAUCACCACUCUGUACAGGCCCUGUCUUGGAGGAAGCUCUACCUGAGCCGGGCCAAGCUGAAAGCCUCCAGCCGCACCUCUGCCCUGCUCUCAGGCUUUGCUAUGGUGGCCAUGGUGGAGGUCCAGCUGGAGAUGCAGUACAACUACCCGCGCAUGCUCCUCAUCGCCUUUAGUGUGUGCACCACGGUGCUGGUGGCUGUACACUUAUUUGCGUUGCUCAUCAGCACCUGCAUCCUUCCGCACGUGGAGGCGGUCAGCAACAUCCACAACCUCAACUCGGUCAGUGAGUCACCUCACGAGCGCAUGCACCACUACAUUGAGUUGGCCUGGGGCUUCUCCACCGCCCUGGGCAUCCUGCUCUUCCUGGCUGAGGUGGUGCUGCUCUGCUGGAUCAAGUUCCUGCCCGUGGACUCUGGUGCUGCCAACCAGGUGGCUGUGGCGGCCGCCGAACUGGCACUAUCUAAGGUGAACUGUAGUGGCCCCGCUGUGCCGUCAGCCGCUCCGCCAGGGCACAGCGGCUGGCAGGCGGCCUUGGCCUCCACCAUCAUCAUGGUGCCGGUGGGGGUGAUCUUUGUGGUAUUCACCAUCCACUUCUACCGCUCUCUGGUGAGCCACAAGACAGAGCGCCACCACCAGGAGAUCGAGGAACUGCACAAGAUUAAGGUGCAGCUGGAUGGGUGUGAGAGAGGCCUACAGGCAGUGUGAGCUCUUUAGCUGCUCUUCUGUCCACUCUCAAUGGUAUUGAGAAGCACCACAAUUCCACUGAAUAAGUGGGAGGAUUAAGGAUUUCUCCCACGCUACUAAUUUAUUGAGGUCAAAGGUUAGUGUUUGUUUUGGAAAAUAGUAUCUUGUCUCUGAGAGAAGUAGGAUCUGCUGUAUUGAGGCAAAUUAAAAGAUGACUUAUAUUCUAAUGUCUUGAGGGCUAUUUUGUUAGUUGUUCAUUUGUGCCAUCUCUCCACAAUUCAUAAAGGAAGUGGUGAAAAUCGAAAUAAGAUGUCAAACUUCACUGCGUGCUUGUUCUCAGAAGGCAGUGUUAUUGUGGUCAUGCCAGGCUAUGAUUUACAUAUAUCAUGGCAGUAAGCAGACAGAAGCUGGUGGAAAAAAACACUCCAUUGACUUUUUGAAGUUGUUCAUGUUGCACCAAACAGUGUAAUGUUUUUCAGUAGGUGACAGGAAUAGGAGCACACACAAAUGCUGUGUGUAGACAUGCUUUGGGGGGUAUGUUAAUUUAAUCUGCAUUAUAAUCCAUAUUUUAUAUAGAACUCCCUCCCAAGCCUAUAAACUGUCCUUUAGUUCAUAGGCUACUCUGGUGUCAAAGAUAGUGAAAAGCUACGGUGCCUCGACGUUAAGACUUGUAGUCUCCUCAUAUUAGUGAAGGACUGCUUAUUUAUUUUAAGUUACUGUUAAUUAUUGUUAAAAUAAGAGCUACUACUUGCUCACACAGCAAAUUAAUAUUGAAGUUACAAUGUAUAUGCUCACCAAAGUAUAGUUUAGUGAACUUGCAUUGGCUUAUAUAACGAAACAGUAUAAACAUUGACAAAUAAUAGAAUGACUACAUGAAAUUCAUAUCCACUGUUAUGCAUUAUAUUUCUUUAUGACAAAACAUGUUUUAUGUGCCAAAAAUGGUGAGGUAAUUCCUCCUGUUCUAUUCAAAACAACAUUGACAUGUUAAUACUUGUCUGAACAUGUUUACAAUAGUAUUAUUGCAGCAAAGAGGAUGCUUACUGAGUGAUAAGUAACCAGUGUCAAAUGUCAUUUGCACCAUUACUUCUUAUGGAAGUGUGUCGGCUAUGAUUAAAAUGAAGAGGGUUACUGAAUAUAUCACUGAUGCAAUGAACCAGCCACGAUGAUCAUAACUCGAUGCUUAUUGAAUACUUUAAUUCUUAACGCUUUAUUGGUGUGUUUGAGUGGUGAGCUAUGAAUGAGGAAUGUAAAUACAGUCAAUGGUGCCAGUUCUCUUGAAUAAAUAUUUUUUUCUCUGCUUUUAAAAAAAAAAGUAAACAUUCCAAACAAAGAUUGUUCUGACCAAGAAUCUCCUUUCAAUGUGGUGGAAAAAGACAAAAGUGCACUUGUCGUUUAGUUCGAAAGUUAGUGUUAAUACUAGAAUGUCACAUUGUUUUCUUCUUCAGGUCAUAAUUAAUUGUUGUAAAUGUCCCCUCUGAAAAAAGUUUAUUUGACCAAACAAAACGAUUAUAUGUUGAUGGGAAAACAAUGCUGUCAAUUUGUUAAAACCUGACUUAUUUUGGAUUUAACAACAUGGGGUAUUGUGGUACAUUUACUGCUUUCUGUGCACCAUGUAGUCUAUUAAAGGUUCUGUAGAAUAGCAUGUCUUUUCAUAUCUUGUUAAUGAAUGUUAAAUAAAGACUCGUCUUAUUUUGUUAUUUCCAUGCCCUA